GCCACCCUAUCAGUUUCAGGCGGCGGGAGCAAUCGGAGCUCCCGUUUAUCACUGAGCAGCAGAGGUACUGAGGUAGCCGUCCUCUUCGUCCGACCUCUCUUUUCCGCCGGCGCGCCGUGCCAGAGUAAGCUGAGCAACAUCAACACCCGCUACGUGUUCGACGCAAUGUCUUGCCGGUGCAAAACCGCGAAAGCGUCGACGACGGGCUGCGAAGACCGCCUCAGCGCUCUCCCGGACGCCCUACUGCAUCAUGUGAUUGGGUUCCUCGAGGCGGCGGAGGCCGUGCGGACGUGCGUGCUCGCCCGUCGCUGGCGCCACCUCUGGAGGCUCAUCCCUCGCCUCCGUGUCACCGACGUUGAGGCAUUCCGGAGCGUCAAGAAGCUGAAAUGCUUCGUGGACAAGCUGUUUCUCCUCCGUGACACCAGCUUCGUCCUCGACGAGUGCGAGCUUGAUCUUCGCGGGCUCUUGCGGCUGGACGACACGCUCGUCGACCUCUGGAUCCGGCGCGUUCUGGCAUGCCAUGUCCGGAUUCUGCAGGUCCAUAUCUACACUAAUCUGCCCACAAAUCAGGGCGAGCCGCUCGUCAAACUGGUCGACCAGCCUCUCAUUUCCCAGCACCUCGUGCGAGUAGAGCUCGGCGGUGUCUAUUUGGAAGAAAGAUUUCUUGAUUUCUCGAGCUGCCCGGCAUUGGAGGGUCUGAAGUUCGCUGAUUGUGUCCUCAGUACUGAUAGGAUUUCAUCCCCCCAAUCCUUGAAGCAUCUUAGCAUCAUGGGCUGUCAGUUCCUCUGGCGAGAUAUUCCAACUCAUAUCUUUGCCCCAAGUCUUAUUACACUACAACUACGUGAUUGCCUCUCUAUGAUUCCGAUUCUUGAAAGCAUGCCAUUAUUAGAAACUGCAUCUGUCAAUCUUGGCCAUGGAUACGAGGAAUACUGUGAGUACUGUGAUAACGGUGGCCUUGAAGAGUAUGAAUGUGAUUGUUGCAUGUCUGAGAUGUACCGGGAUAAUGACCGUAUACUUGAUUUCUCUGUGGUUUUUGAAGGUCUGUCCAACGCUACAUGUCUGGAGUUGAUAACUUCCCGUGAAAUGAUUAUAUUCAAAAGAGAUCUGCGAUGCUGCCCUACAUUUAGUAGGCUAAGAUCUUUGUCACUCAUUGACUGGUGUUUGGUUGCUGACUUCAAGAUACUACUGCACUUUCUGCAUCACACACCAGUUCUAGAGAAACUCACACUUCAACUUUGUAAGGAACCCAAAUGGGGCAUAAAAUUGAAAGCCAACAAUUUUAUGGAGCGAUCACUUGCAAUGAGGCAACUUAAGAUAGUCGAAGUUAAAUGUCAUAUUAUUGAUGACCGGGUUCAUCGUCUUACGAAGAUCUUGAGUUCCUGCAGCAUAUCCCUUGCGGAAAUUAAUAUAAAAAAGCUUUAGUAAGUACUGUUUCACUGUAUUCUGCUCUGUACUUAUAUGAAAGCAAGCAAUGAAAACCUGUCAUAAGUUCGUUCCAAGGUAGAAUUUCCAGCACAUUAUGACAAACUUAUUUUGUGCAAGAGGAUCGUUUGCAUGAAGCACAAUUAUUCGACAAAAUUACUUCCAAUUGUUUGAUUGAGUUUCUUUUCCCUUGUGUGGAACUUUGGAUAAAUAUGAGCAUAUGAGCCACCUUAUAUGUUUUAUGUACUUGAGUUAUAGCCUUGCUUAGGAUGUACUUUUACAACUACUAUGAUAAGCACCACAUAUUGAGUUCUGAGUCGUAUCAUAGGUACUAUGCUAGUACCACGUAUUGGCUACGCAAUGGUCACUUACCCAUUUUCGUUGCUGGAGUAUAGUUAAUUUUUUUUUCGAUUUAUUAUAUAUUUAUAUUAGCCCUAAGAUGUUGGCAGAAUAUUUAUGUGCACAUUUAGAAGCCAAAAUCGCAAAACAAUAUUUUGCAUUGUUUCUCAGCCAAUUAUUUACAGUUUUACACAGAUGUAAUCACUGCUAUAUUAGAAUUCAAUAUGCCAUUCAAAACAUAGAGAUAUUGUAGUCUGUAUGUAACUUUGGAAGAAACAUUAUUGUAUUCCAGUGGAAAUCUGUCUAUUAACUGUUUAGGUUAUCGAUAAAGAUGUGUAUGCAGCAAUAUAAAAUUGCAGGCAUUGUGUAUUUUGUUCUUUUGAUCUUCACAGAAAACCGUAGUCUCGUAGGUACUACAUUUUACUUUCCCUCUUCCACCUCUAUUUUAUCUGUUGCUCUUGAUAUAAAAUUACAAGAUUUUAAUCUAAAUACCGACAAAGAAAAAAGGAGCACAAGGCCAUCAUGAUGCUUAGCGGAAGG